AUGCCUCCCCUUGCCUGGCUGCAUCCUCAGCACACUGGGACCUGCCGGAGAUCCCGUGCCCGCAGCCGAGGGGCGAGGAUGGGCACGCUCCUCUUGUGGGGCAUUCUCCUGGCGUGCUGUGCCCUGUGCCAGGCGGUGCCUGUGGAGCCAGGUGCUGCGCCCUCCUGCCCGCCCCAGUGCCACUGCGAACAGGAUGGCAUCAUGCUCUCGGUGGAUUGCUCCGAGCUGGGGCUUUCGGAGGUCCCUGCAAACCUGAGCCCUCUCACCGCUUACCUAGACCUGAGCAUGAACAACAUCAGCCAGCUGCAGCCCAGCGCGCUCCGGCACCUGCGCUUCCUGGAGGAGCUACGGCUCUCUGGAAACCACAUCUCCAGGAUCCCAGGGGAAGCUUUCUCUGGCCUCUACAGCCUGAAGAUUCUGAUGUUGCAGAACAAUCAGCUGAGCCGCAUCCCUGCAGAGGCACUGAGAGAUCUUCCAAAUCUCCAAUCUCUCCGCCUGGAUGCGAACCUCAUCUCCGUGGUGCCCGACAGGAGCUUUGAGGGGCUGCUCUCCUUGCGUCACCUGUGGCUGGACGAUAACGCCCUGACGGAGAUCCCUGUGCGAGCUCUGAACCACCUGCCGGCGCUCCAAGCCAUGACCCUGGCCCUCAACCAGAUCUGGCACAUCCCAGAUUUCGCCUUCCAGAACCUCAGCAGCCUCGUGGUGCUGCACCUGCACAACAACCGGAUCCAGAGCUUGGGAGCCAAUGGCUUUGAUGGGCUGCACAGCCUGGAAACCCUGGAUCUGAACUACAAUGAGCUGCUGGAAUUCCCUGGGGCUAUCAGGACACUAGGCCGACUGCAGGAGCUCGGUUUUCAUAACAACAACAUCAAAGCUAUUCCAGAGAACGCAUUCGUUGGGAAUCCCCUCCUCCAAACAAUCCAUUUUUAUGACAAUCCCAUCCAGUUUGUUGGACAGUCUGCUUUCCAGUACUUGCCAAAGCUCCACACCCUGUCACUCAAUGGAGCAACGGACAUCAGGGAAUUCCCGGACCUCAAAGGCACCACCAGUCUAGAAGUUUUAACCUUGACCCGGGCAGGCAUCCAUUUCCUCCCCAGAAGGAUGUGCCAGCAGCUGCCCAGCCUCCGAGUCCUAGAGCUGUCACACAACCAAAUCGAAGAGCUGCCCAGUUUCCAUCGGUGCCAGCAGCUGGAGGAGCUAGGUCUCCAGCACAACAAGAUCCAUGAGAUUAGAGCAGACACCUUUGUGCAGCUGAUGGCUCUGCGCUCCAUAGACCUGAGUUGGAAUUACAUCCAGUUUAUUCACCCAGAGGCCUUUGUGACCCUGCACUCCCUCACCAAGCUGGACUUGACUGACAACCAGCUGGUCACGCUGCCCCUGGAUGGUUUGGCUGGACUGACCCAUCUGAAGCUCCAAGGCAACCCAGCUCUCUCUGAGCCCUUCACCAAGGAGAGCUUCCCAAAAAUGAGAGUCCUGGAGGUGCCAUACGCCUACCAGUGCUGUGCCUAUGGGAGCUGCAGCAGCUUCUUCAGGGUGUCCAGCCAGUGGGAGGCAGAAGACAUGAGCCCUGAGGAGGAGGAUCCCCACAAGAGGACCUUGGAACUGUUCCCAGGUCAUGCUGAUAACCAUUAUGACCUAGAUGCAGAUGAUCUUCAGUUGGACCUUGAGGAAUCGAAGCUGCACCCCACUAUUCAGUGCACACCAAGCCCCGGUCCCUUCAAGCCCUGUGAUCACCUGUUUGAGAGCUGGAUCAUCCGCCUGGGAGUCUGGCUCAUCGUUCUGGUCUCGGUGCUCUGCAAUGGGCUGGUCAUCCUGGCUGUCUUUGCUUCCCCCAGCUACCUCUCCCCAGUGAAGUUCCUUGUGGGCUCCAUCGCUGGGGCCAACAUGCUGACAGGCAUCUCCUGCAGCAUGCUGGCCCUGGUGGACACCCUCACCUACGGCCACUUUGCCCGGUACGGCGCCAGAUGGGAGACAGGUGUGGGCUGCAGGGUGACGGGGUUCCUGUCCGUGCUGGCCUCCCAGGCUGCCAUCUUCUUGCUGACCCUGGCUGCUGUGCAGUGCAGCCUCUCAGCCUCCUGCGUGCGACGCUACGGAAAGUCCCCGUCCCUAGGCAAGGUCAAGGCUGCUGCCUGUUGCUGCCUGUUGCUGUCCUCUGUGGCUGCCGUUCUGCCUCUCUUCUCCAUUGGGGAAUAUGGAGCAUCCCCUCUCUGCCUCCCAUACCCCAUUCCAGAGGGGAAACCCAGCACCCUGGGCUUCACUGUGGCCUUGGUGAUGACAAACAUGCUCUGUUUCCUGACUGUCACCGGCACCUACAUCAGACUCUACUGCAACCUGCUGAAGGGGGAGUUCAGCGCUGUCUGGGACUGUGCCAUGGUCAAGCAUGUGGCCUGGCUGAUCUUCACCAACUGCCUCCUCUACUGCCCAGUGGCCUUCCUCACCUUCUCCUCUACCCUCAAUCUCUUCCUUAUCACCCCAGAGGUCAUCAAAUCCAUCUUCCUUGUGGUCCUGCCCCUGCCUGCCUGCCUCAACCCCUUGCUCUACCUGCUCUUCAACCCCCACUUCAGAGAUGACUUCCGCCUGCUGAGGCAGAAAGGGCAGGACAAGGGCAGCUUCCCCCAGUCCUGCAGGGCUGAUGACAUGGAGAAAAGCUCCUGUGAUUCCACCCAGGCUCUGGUGAACUUCUCCGACAUCGACCACCUGUGUGAGACACCUGAUUCCCUGGGAGUGCGCCCCAUCCUUGACAGCUACAGCUUCCCCUCCAUGACGCUCAUCCCCUGCCAGCAAAGGGUGGGCACCAGGGGGAAGGAGAGGGGCUGCUCUGAGCAUUGUCCCUGCCUUAAUGACAGUGAGGUGCUGAUAACUUCAGAGAGCCGAGAUCUGUCUGGCAGCAGCCUCCAGAUAACUUUCUUCCCCUCCCCACCCACGCCAUCCUACACAUCUCACUUAUAA